AUGACGGUAGAUGACACCUGGGACGACGCGUCGAUUGUAUCGUCAAUCGACGCUACAACACCUGUCGAAUAUCUGGUGGCGGCCGGCCUCUCCGAAGAAGAGUCGAAGCAUGUAGUGGAAGUCGCGGGAAUCUCUUCGAUGGUGGAUUUGUUGCUGUUGGAAGACACGGCAUUGUUGAAAGAAGUGGCAAAAGAAGCAAAAAUCAAGCUGAUCCCCUGCAAGAAGCUCUCCAAUGCCAUCCUCGCCCUUGUUCAAAAACCUUUGGCUGCAAAAGAUGCCGAGAAAAAUGAUUCUGCACCAGUCGUGGAAGCAGCGGACACAAACGACAACAAGCAACCCACCCUUGACGAGUGCGUGGUGGUGGCCAUUGAUCGGUCUGGCUCGAUGGGUUGUGGUUUUGAUGAAGCCAAAGCCUUUGGGGCUAAUGCAGAGAAGACGUUGCUCAAUCGCUCAAGGAUGGAUGCCGUCAAACAAGUGUUUUACGCGUUCCGCGAUCGAACCGAGACGUUGGAAUCUUAUCACAAGGUGGGCCUGAUCCAGUUCGACAAACAAAUUGAAGAGAUGCUGCAGCCAACCAGCGAUCCGGACAGGUUUGAUGCGGUUGUGGAUGAUAUGAAACAACGCGGAAGCACAGCAAUCUACUCGGCCAUUCAGCAGAGUUGCCGCAUGCUUAAACCCUUUGCGGCCGACAACGAAAAGACCGACCUCCGUGUUCUCCUUUUGACAGACGGCCAAAACAACGCUGGGAUCAGCCCCCAAGAAGCGUUGAAAGAUGUGCAAGAGAUUGGCGCCGUUGUCGAUGCAAUCCUCGUUGGAGACUCCUGCGACGAUAAUCUGCGCAAGAUUGUGGCUGCCUCUGGUGGCAGCUGCUUCCAAAUUCACUCGUUGUCGGAUGGCUUCGAGCUCAUGGAAGCAGAAGCCGUGGUCAGCAUCCGGUCGCGCCGAGGCGGGGCUGAAAAGCCGGAGCGCAAACAAGCUGCCCCUGUGGACUUUGACUCGAUCAAAACACAAAAGAUCACUCAGGCCCGCUAUGCUUCGACCAUAGCCACAUGCCCCACGACGAAGGUCUUGGAGACCCAAAAAUUUGUCCCUUGCUCCUCCAUUGUCCGUCCUCCGGGUGUGAAGGGCCGAAGGGCCCGUAUGUUCAAAGAGCUGGCUGACUUUGCGGCUGCCAACGACGAAGGGAUCCAUUUGUACCCCAAUGAAAACAACGUUCUGUUGUCUGAGAUGAAAACAUUGAUCGAGGGCCCCCGUGGGACGCCGUUCGAGGGUGGUGUCUUUCUGCUCGACAUUAGCUUACCGGCUAACUAUCCCUUCGGGCCGCCCAAAGUUCGCUUCGAAACGCCAAUCUUCCAUUGCAACGUCGACAGCAGCGGGGGUCUUUGUCUUGACAUUCUCAGGGACAGUUGGUCGCCAGCCAAGACGAUACCAGAAGUCCUGAGGGUCAUUCGGGAACUGAUGUCAAAUCCCAACUCGAAUGACGCUAUGCGCCCCACAAUUGCCGAGCUCUACUUUGCCUCUAAGCAGUCUGGAGGGGCUGAUACGCGUUACGUGGAUCGGGCCGAAGAGGCCACCCGAAAGGAUGCUUCCCGCUCUGUCGGAGAAUGGCAUGCCUUAUGGGGCAUUCCGCAUUCUUGA